GAUAAAUCGCAGAAACUAAACGAAAUAUCCAAUUCCUUUGUGAUGACAGGUAAUUAUUACGCAAUUGUAGUAGCAAUUGAUUUUGGUACGACGUAUUCGGGAUAUGCCUUCCAGUUUACUGGCGAUUAUGAUUCUGAAGAUCCGACAAAAAAAAUUCUUUCCCCACAAUCAUGGAAUGACGGACCAAACAAAUUGGCGUCAAUGAAAACGCCCACGUGCCUUCUCUUAGACAGGAAUCAGGAUAUCGAUUCGUUCGGGUAUAUUGCAGAAGAUAAAUAUGCUGAGCUAUGUAUGGAUGGUGACAAUAUGGACUGGUACUACUUUUGGAGGUUCAAGAUGCAUUUACAUGAUACGAAAGGACUUAAGAAGACAACAAUGAUAGCUGAUCAGACCGGUAAAGAGUUACCUGCCCUUACAGUAUUUAGCAAAUCCAUCAAAUGCAUGAAAGACCAUCUGAUGAAAAUAUUGGAGAAUAAACAUUACGUGCCAAAGGAUGAUGAGAUAAAAUGGGUGUUGACUGUGCCUGCAAUAUGGGAUGAUACUGCUAAAGGAUUUAUGAGAGAAGCUGCUAAAAUGGCUGGAAUUCCCCCACAGCAUUUGACAUUAGCCCUCGAGCCUGAAGCUGCAUCAUUAAUUUGCCAGUACCUACCUGUGGAGAAAUUUAGUGUCGGCGGACAAAUCACAUUCUCAGAUGCUAAACCAGGAACUACAUACAUGAUUGUUGACCUUGGAGGUGGUACUGCUGAUAUAACAGUACACGAGAAGGUUAGAAACGGAAAGCUGAAGGAAGUUAAUCGAGCAAGUGGAGGGCCUUGGGGAGGAACAUCUGUAGAUAGUGCUUUCAUUGCUCUCAUCAGUAACAUAGUUGGUGGUCCAAUGUUUGCACAAUUUAUAAAGGAAGACAAGUUAGAUUAUCUGGACAUGUUGCGCGAAUUUGAGUCGGUAAAACGUAAUGUAGGUCUAUAUACACUAUUGAUGACGUCAAGAUGAAGUUACCCUGUCGUUCGGAAUGAGAAAUGCAGCACUAUUAGAGGUAAAGAUUUCAGAGCUCUCGUAAAGGAAUCGUCGGAGGACGGAAACAUUACGACUGUUGGAGACAAAAUAAAAUUCAAGCCAUCUGUAAUGCAGAAUUUGUUCAAGAAAACGACAGAUAAGAUUGUAAACCACAUGAAGAAUAUACUUCAUACAACGCAAUCUGGCCAGAAGGUAUCUUACAUACUUAUGGUCGGGGGAUUCUCUGAAUCAGCAUAUGUGCAAGAUGUUAUCAAAAAGGAGUUUCAUGACAAAAAAGAACGAAAGGUCGUUGUACCAACAUACGCUGGUAUUUGUGUGGUCCAAGGUGCUGUUGUGUAUGGAAGACAACCAGGCAACAUUACAUCCCGCAUUCUUCGAUAUUCUUACGGUGUUGCAAUCAGUCCCAAAUUUGAUGAAGCUACAUAUGACAAAAGAAAGAUGAAAACAUAUGCUGGAGUAAGUAGAUGCGACGAUGUUUUCGCUAAAUUCAUUGACAAUAGGUACAGAGGUUGAAGUUGGCCAUCGUAUUAAAAAACGUACGACACUAUAGAACCUACAGCAGCUUCAUGCACCUUCCGUGUAUUCUUUUCAACAGCUGAAGACCCGCUGUAUACUGAUGAUGAUACAUGUCAACCUUUGGGACGGCUUGAUGUUGAGUACGCUAAUCCCAAGAAAAAGAGUUUAAGCAUUGAGGUUGACUAUAUGUUUGGAGACACCGAACUGAGUAUUAAAGCAAUGGAAACAGUUAGUAAACAUACGUGCCAAACAAAGCUUACGAUGCUGGAGUACAACUGUCAAUACGAUGGUUGUAACAAUGACAUUGCAUGUCCUUUAUGCCAGUCAACUGUUUGAAGAUGUAUCCUACUGAAACUUGAAAACCCGUCUGAAAUUUUAAUACCGGUAUAUAAAUUGAUAAUAUGAAGUAUUUGAAAAGUCACAAUCGUGUGCAACGAGGUGUAUUUUCUAUUUGUAUAUAAAGUUUGAUACAUUUGCGUCCACUUUAUCAUUGUUUAAUUAUAAUGAAUUUAGGAUGAAGAAUAUCAAGGUUAGCAUCUGUGGAUUUUGUUUUAGUGUCUUGCUUUUGUAGUUUCGUAUAAGUGAUAUUUGUGUUCCAAUUCAUUUGUAUAUUUUAUUAUUUGAUAUCGAUUUUAGUUCAUUCUA